AACAAAUAAUUUGAGCUUUAUGUGCUGAUGGUUUGAGAGUUGACACGUAGGAAUGGAAGGCACAAAGCUGGAUCGUAUUAAGGCUAGUACAGGGAGGUUAGUAGGUCGGACAAAUGAACGUCUCAAGCAAAAGAUGGGACGUUCAUCCGAGUCUGUGGUGGCAAAGGAUGACAAGUGGCAGGUGAUCACCGCCAACUUCAACAGACAGCAGGCAGCCGGCAUGCGACUCCACAGAGAGGUUAAAGGCUACAUCGCUUCCUUAAAAACGAUGGAGAGCUCAACUCAGACCUUGUUAGAUGCAGUGAGGGAAAUGCAUGAGUACACGUGGCCGGGAAACAUGAACCUUGUUAAGGCACUUCAGGGAGUAGACAAGCUGAACAAGGAGCUGAACGAGCAAAUGGUAGACUCGUUACUAGUACCAGUAAACAACUACGUAGAAGUCUUCUCACAAAUGAAGGUAAAGAUGCAGAAGCGGGAGAGGAAGCUAAUCGACCACACCCGCACCAAACGUACGCUAGAUACUCUGAAGAAAGGAGAUAAGAUAUCGCCAGAGAAGCUGGGAUUUGCUCAGGAUAAUUACAUGCAGAACAAGAUAGUGUUUGAGGAGGUGAACUCGGAACUCUGUGAAGAUCUCCCCGCAUUCUGGGACAGUCGUAAAACCUACAUCAUGCAGUUUUUGGACGGUUUCUUCCGCAGCAGCAUCGACUUCCACAAGGAGUUUUCUCAGGUGUACUCAGAGAGUAAAGACGCUCUGGACCCGCUUAAAGAGGAGAUAAAGAACGAGCUCCCCCCGCAAAGGGACAUUGCGAUUGUAGACAAAUACUUCGUCGUCUCAGAAAACGCCAGGAAAUUCAAGAGACAAAGUAUGAGAAAGAGCUUCAGGAAAAGUGGCGGCAGCAGCUUCAAGAGGAGUUUAUCUAUGGGCGCUUUAAGGAAAUCCAAGAAAAAUGCGGAUACAUCGCAGAGUAUAUCAAAUAUAUCAGUGGACCCAUACGCUUCCCCAGCUCAACAAGCCACUGUUUACACUCCCACAAAAGUUGGUCCAGUGAAACCGCUGUCACCGGCACGACCGAAGCCUCCGAGGGUCGAUCUAUCUGUCAGCGAAAGUGAACCAGAUUAUGUUCUCAUAGUUGACCAAGAGGCAGAAUUAGAAAGUGUUGACAUUCCAAAGCCGGCCAGUGGCGUAACACCCUACUCCCCGUCGAUAAACAUAGAAACUGGUACAGUAGUGGAGUGUAUUCACGAGUAUAAAGCUGUAGACGAAGAUGAACUGUCGUUUGGUAUGGGGGAUGUGAUCACAGUGGUCACCUGGGAUAGUACUGACGAACAGGAUUCCGGAUGGUUUAUGGGUAAACUACAAGGUUCGGGAGCGAAAGGAGCGUUCCCCAUCAACUACACUCGCAAAUACAAUCCAAAUAAGAGUUUGAAGAUCAAAGUGGAACCCGAUCCUCUUGCUGAUAAUUUCCAGGCUGUCGACUUGAGUCAGGACGAUGAGUGGAGGAACAGAGAAGCGGAGUACAUAAACAUACCCGAGCUACCAGACGAACUACCACUUACUAACGGCAACCUCGCAUAUGAGGCCGAGCCGGUCGAGUACUCGAUCCCUCCCAGGGUACCGCCAAAAAGACCAGCGGCUCCAGUUAUCGCUGCUUCCGUUACUGCUGAAGUUCCUGAUCUGGUAGCAGCAGUCGAAAUUGAAGCACCCUCGGUGGAGGUUGAACUUGAAACAGAAGUUAGUGCUGCAGCGGCGAUUGAAGUUGGGACCCCAGAGGUAGAACUCGAAGUCGAAACGGAGACCCCAGAAUUUAGCGUUGAGACACCUGAAGUAAGUGCCGGAAUUCCGGACUUUAGUUUCGAUACAGAGGUUAGCGUUGAGACCCCUGAAGUAAGUGCCGGAAUUCCGGACUUUAAUGUCGAAACAGAGGUUAGCGUUGAGACCCCGGAAGUAAGUGCCGGAAUUCCCGACUUUAGUGUCGACACAGAGGUUAGCGUUGAGACCCCAGAAAUCAAUUCACCUGUAAGUAUCGGAGUUCAAACCCCGAAUUUUGAUAUGGAGGAGGACGUUAUGGCAUCAUCAGGUGCUGAAUUGUCAGGUGAAACUGUUGAAACUGUUGUAGAGGCUGCAGUGCAGGCUGCUGAGGAUAACGAUGUGGAGGUGUCGGUGAAAACCCCGGGACUGGUUGUAUGUCAAAGAGGGGUUUUGGAUGUUGGUAGAAAUGAUGAAGAGUUAUAUGAUGAAGAAUUACAAUUAGAUGAAUUGGAGGUUGGGACCCCUACAGUGGCAUCAGAGGGAGAACAAUCUGAUUCUUCCGAUGACCUGAGUCCAGAGGAGAUAAAACAGAAGUUAGCAGCUCUCGGAGAGUUCAGUGAUGAGAAUAACUUAUCUUCUGAUGAAGAAGAUGAGUACAAAGUAAGGUUUGAUGCGUCGGUCUCGAUGCUGGAGUCAGUUCCGGAGGACGCAACCGAUUCUGAGGCGGAAAGUGAAGCUUCCAGCGUAGAUGAAUCUGGUGUGGAUCACCAAAAGGAUGAAGACGAUCACGCUAACGCAAAGGAUGAUGACGAUAACACCACCAGUUUUUAACUUAUUGCACGCAACUUACCUUCUUAAUCUUCACAAAUUUGUACUUGAUUUGGAUUCAAACCUUGUACAAUUAGUCACAGCAUGAUUAUAAUGAAACAACUGAGUUUAGAAACCAUUCCUGAGAGCCGCAUAAAUUUAGAGCCUUUUAUAUGUCUUUGUUUAUUAUGUUAACAUCAUUGUUAAGGCUACGCGGUUAUACUUUUUAUUGACAAAUUCUGUUUAACUACGAAACAAACUAGAAUGUGUAGUGAUAUUACUACAGUUUCGUGUUACAACAUAGCAAUUUAUUUUAUUAAAUAGACGGUUUAUAAAUUUAGUUUUGAUAAAAUAUUUAUAAGUUUCAACAGAAUUUUUAACACAUUUUCACAGUAAAUUAUAUACAUUUCUGAAAAUUUACGUAAGAGAUUAAUUCUAGUUAUCGAGCAAUAUUUAUUUUUCGAUCUGACUAACUAUGAAGUUUAUGACUUGAGUACGAAAUUAAGGAUGAGUAUUUUUGUUUUAACGGAUGUCAAUUCUACAAGAGCUUUUGCAUCUAGAUAGAGCUGUAACAUAAAAGUUGGGCUACUGCGACGUGGCGGGUAACAAUAACAACAGAAAAGUUUUUAUUCAUUGGACCGAACAAUUUCAGCACUGGAAAAUCCAGCGCCAGAUCUUGAAGCAAGUUUCGGGAAAUGUUUCUUGGUUUCUUUUGAUUUUUGUUGCUGACUUUUCGGCUACUAUUGUUAAUUUUUCGCGAAAUUAUCAUGUAUCAAUUAUUUUGAGUUUGUAAUUUUUUCUUAAUCCACACCUGUACCUAGAGCUACAAUUUUCAAGAUUUGUCGGCUAUUAUUUGACUGGUAGCUGUUUUUAAGUGGCACAGUCUGACUUUUUUAGUGUUCUUAUGGUUCACUUGUAUUGGAGGUCCACUGCCUAGAUUGAUAGACUACAUUUAUUUCGUCUGCACUUUAAAUGUAACAAUACUACUGUGAUAUAAAUGGUACCGUUUGUUAUGAAGUGGCGUGGGAAGUUUGUCAGACCAAAUCAUGAUAUUUACUUUUCAUUACGCAUUUUUAGACUGUAGAAUUAAUCUUUGGUCUAAGUUAAUAUAAUAUGAUUUUUAUGGAAUAUCUAAAUUCUGUACAGUACUUGA